AUGAAUAUCCUUGACUUCAACUACAUGGCUUCAGACUCUCAAUCGAAGACGCCCCGACCCCGAGAGGAAGUCAAAGUACUCUAUGAUUACGAACUCACGAAUGCACCCGGGAAGUCCAUAAUUGCCUUCAAUUUGGAGUAUCCACCUGAUGGAUUCACCCCUCCGCAUAGGCAUGGCGGAGCCACUCUGGUUGCCUUCGUGACCCAAGGAACCAUACUGAGCGUGAUGAAUGAUAACUCACGGGUCUAUCAAGCUGGGGAAAGUUUUAUGGAGAUGCCUGGCUGCCACCACACCGUUUCGGAGAACAGCAGCCAAACUGAGAAUGCUAACAUGAUCGCUGUGUUUGUUGUAGAUACUGAAGUAGUAAAGCAGGAGGGGUACGCGCCGCUUACAGUGCUCGAUGAUGAGUGA